AUGAAGGCUAUCUUCAAGCAAGGUCGGAUCGGGGAGAAGAAGAUGUUCAUCAUGUACACUUCUGAUUCCAUGGGCUCCAACCAGCGGUUCCUUCGCAAGCUUCCUAGAGGCUACGGACGUCAGUACCCAUCUCAUUCCCAAUGGGUGAGUAUUGUACGUGCCCGUCAUAUCGCCGCUGCCUAUCUUUCUGAGCCCCGUUCUCCUCGGUUCGCACCUUCCUCCAAUGGAUCAGUGCCUGAACCUGCCUUCGACGGUUCCCUGCAUGGAUCUGUCUUCGAUAUGUCUUCGCUGAAGGAUGCCCUUCCUGAGCCUGCCUCCCCUGGCUCACUGCAUGGGUCUGCCUUCGACAUGUCCUCGAUGCUUCAUGCACUGCCUGAUCCUGACCCGACCUUCGACAUGGGCCCUCUAAUGGAUGCCCUCCCGGACCCGAAUGGCGCAUUCAAUAUGCGCUCGCUGAGUGAUGCCCUGUCUGAGUCUGCCCCCAAGCCACGUGGGUUUGCCUCUGACAUGUCCUCCCUUAUGCGUGCACUUCCUAACCCCGAUGCUUCCUCUGAUGUAUCGUCCCUUGUGCAUGUGCCCAAGCCCGUGAUUGCUCCCCGCGCUCGCAAGUCUCGCGAACUACCUCCAAAGGCUCGCCGUACACGUGUGGUUCAGACCUACGUCCAGGUCGGUCCGUUCUCUACCACCUGCUUCUUCAGCCUUUGUGGGGUCUUGCUUGUGUUGGGGCCGAUCUUCCCACAGCUUCUACCAGCAUUUUAUGCGGCACUUGUACUCCAGUUUAUCUAUGGGACGUGCUUCUCUUGA